AGGAACACAGAGCCAAGGCUUCCAGGCACUGAGUGACAUGCUGGGCUGGAGCCCCCCGGUGCUCACCCUGGUGGGUCUGCUCUCCUUUGUGUCAGUCCUCUCCCAGGAGUGUCCCAAGUACAAAGUCAACACCUGCCGGGACUGCGUGGAGUCAGGGCCCGGCUGUGCCUGGUGCCAGAAACUGAACUUCACCGGUCCGGGGGACCCUGACUCCAUUCGCUGCGAUACCCGGCAGCAGCUGCUCAUGCGGGGCUGUGCAGCCGACGACAUUAUGGACCCAAGGAGCCUUGCCGAGGCCCAGGAAGACCAGGAGGGAGGCCGCAAGCAGUUGUCCCCACAAAAAGUGACGCUUUACCUGCGACCAGGUCAGGCAGCCGCCUUCAAUGUGACCUUCCGGAGGGCCAAGGGCUACCCCAUCGACCUGUACUACCUGAUGGACCUCUCCUACUCCAUGCUUGACGACCUCAUCAAUGUGAAGAAACUGGGUGGAGACCUACUGCGGGCCCUCAAUGAGAUCACUGAGUCAGGCCGCAUUGGCUUUGGGUCCUUUGUGGACAAGACCGUGCUGCCCUUUGUGAACACGCACCCUGAGAAGCUGAGGAACCCGUGCCCCAACAAGGAAAAGGACUGCCAGCCGCCAUUCGCCUUUAGGCAUGUACUGAAGCUCACCAGCAACUCUGACCAGUUCCAGACUGAGGUCGGCAAGCAGCUCAUCUCAGGGAACCUAGAUGCCCCCGAGGGUGGGCUGGACGCCAUGAUGCAGGUGGCUGCCUGUCCGGAGGAAAUUGGUUGGCGCAACGUCACGCGGCUGCUGGUGUUCGCCACGGAUGAUGGCUUCCACUUUGCAGGAGACGGGAAGCUGGGUGCCAUCUUGACCCCCAAUGAUGGCCACUGCCACCUGGAAGACAACAUGUACAAACGCAGUAAUGAAUUUGACUACCCGUCAGUGGGCCAGCUGGCGCACAAACUGGCAGAAAACAACAUCCAACCCAUCUUCGCAGUGACGGAAAGGAUGGUGAAGACCUAUGAAAAGCUAACCGAGAUCAUCCCCAAAUCAGCCGUUGGAAAGCUCACGGAGGACUCCAGCAAUGUGGUUCAGCUCAUCAAGGACGCUUAUAAUAAACUCUCCUCCAGGGUCUUCCUGGACCACAGCCUCCUCCCCAACACCCUGAGAGUCACCUAUGACUCCUUCUGCAGCAACGGAGUGUCCAGCAUGAACCAGCCCAAAGGGGACUGUGACGGUGUGCAGAUCAACGUCCCGAUCACCUUCCAGGUGAAGGUCACAGCCACAGAGUGCAUCCAGGAGCAAUCAUUUGUCAUCCGGCCACUGGGCUUCACAGACACAGUGACUGUGCAGGUCCUUCCCCAGUGUGAUUGCCAGUGCCGGAAUCAGAGCCAAGAUCGCAGCCUCUGCCACGGCAAGGGCGUCCUGGAGUGUGGCAUCUGCAGGUGUGACGCCGGCCACAUUGGGAAGAGCUGUGAGUGCCAGACACAGGGCCGGAGCAGCCAGGAACUGGAAGGAAGCUGCCGGAAGGACAACAGCUCCCUCCUCUGCUCGGGGCUCGGCGACUGCAUCUGUGGGCAGUGUGUGUGUCAUGCCAGUGACGUCCCAGGCAAGCAGAUCUACGGGCGGUACUGCGAGUGUGACAACACCAACUGUGAGCGCUUUGACGGCCGUGUCUGCGGUGGCCUGGGGAGGGGGCUCUGCUUCUGCGGCCAGUGCAGCUGCCUCCCAGGCUUUGAGGGCUCAGCCUGCCAGUGCGAGAAGGCCACCGAGGGCUGUCUGAACCAGCGGCGUGUGGAGUGCAGCGGCCGCGGCCGGUGCCACUGCAAUGCAUGCCAGUGUGAUAAGGGCUACCAGCCGCCCCUAUGCCAGGAGUGCCCGGGUUGCCUCUCACCCUGCGGCGAGUACAUCUCUUGUGCCGAGUGCCUGAGGUUCGACAAGGGCCCCUUCGGGAAGAACUGCAGCAUGGCGUGCGGGGGCCUGCAGCUGAAGAACACCUCCGUGAAGGGCAGGACCUGCAAAGAGCGGGACUCAGAGGGCUGCUGGAUGACCUACACACUGAGGCAGCGGGAUGGGUGGGACCAAUAUGACAUCCACGUGGAGGAGAGCCGAGAAUGUGUGAAGGGCCCCAAUAUUGCUGCCAUUGUCGGGGGCACCCUGGCAGGCGUCGUGUUGAUUGGCCUCCUCCUGCUGGUCAUCUGGAAGGCCCUGACCCACCUGAGUGACCUCCGGGAAUACAAGCGCUUCGAGAAGGAGAAGCUCAAGUCCCAGUGGAACAAUGAUAACCCACUUUUCAAGAGCGCCACCACCACAGUCAUGAACCCGAAGUUUGCUGAGAGUUAGAAGCCAUCAGGACCAACCAGACCGGACCCCUCAAACCACAUCUGCCCAUCCUGCAAUUGAAACACGGCUCACAGCUCUUGGCAAUAUCGCCAAUUAACCAGAAGUCCACUGUGUUAUGUUCUGUCCUCAAGUUACAGAUACCCCAGGUUCAUAUGGACUCAUCAGGAGGGACCGCCUCCCCCUUCUGAUCAGCACAAUCUUUCCAUAGAGAGUUGAGAAGGAAUUGCUUAAGCCUUGUAAGAUUAGAUACACAUUUCCCUGUGUAACAGUUAGGACAGCAGACUGAUUAAAGGUGGUGCAAAUAUAUUUAUAUUUAAUCUUGUCAGGGUAUACAACUAUAUCCCACUUAUUAUACUGUUAACCAAUCAUAUGUAUAGAAAAAAAUAAUAAAACUUUGGUACGGGCCGCCCAUGGAAGCAGGGCACUGUGUCUGCUGUAUCCCCUCCCCCCACUGAGGCUGGUGUGCAGCCAGGAGUGGGACCCAUUGGUCUAGUGCCUCAGUUUCCCAGGGAUGGCCUGGACCAGCAAGGUGAGCCUCA